UUUUUUCAUUUUUGCGCCUUGAGUUUUGAAUUUCUCCGUGGGGCACCUUCUCCAACUUUCUAGACCAAUCUCGCUCUCUCUCACUCUCCAAACGAAGUCUACUUCUGCAACUCAACAAUGCUCCCUGCCAACUUCAAUUCAUUAUUCACUUCCAAUCAAUGGCCACUCUUUUCACUACUCCAUACUCUUGCUCUUCAUGGGCUCUCCAGAAAACCCAAAAUCACAUGCCUUCUACUCCUCUCUUCAAACACCCAUUUGCCCAAAAAAACCACCUCUCAUCUUUCCUCUUUUCCAGGCAAAAACCCAAAAGACACUGCAAAUUUUCUGUCAAAGCUGAGCAAGAAAAUGAAAACCCUUCUACUUCUUCUUCUUCGGUUGCCGUAGUUUCAGAAAAAGAUGAUACCCAGAAGAGGGAUUUGUCUGCAGAGGGUGAAUUGGAGAGAAAGGGCGAGUCUGAAUCUGAAGAGAGAGAGAAACAGCAAGAACUGGAUUGGAAGACUGACGAGGAGUUCAAGAAAUUCAUGGGUAAUCCUUCGAUUGAGGCUGCAAUAAAGCUCGAAAAGAAGAGGGCUGAUAGGAAGCUCAAAGAUCUUGAUAGAGAAAGUAGUGAUAACCCAAUUGUGGAGUUCUUAAAUAGAGUGGUUCGUGACAGUUUGGCCAGAGAGAAAGAGAGGCUAGAGAAAGCAGAGGAGACAUUCAAGGCUCUUGAUCUCAACAAGUUAAAGAACUGCUUUGGGUUUGAUACAUUUUUCGCAACCGAUGUCAGGAGAUUUGGUGAUGGGGGAAUAUUUAUUGGGAAUUUGAGGAGGCCCAUUGAGGAAGUCGUACCCAAAUUGGAGCAGAAGCUAUCUGAAGCAGCAGGGAGGGAGGUUGUCCUGUGGUUCAUGGAAGAAAAAACUGAUGACAUUACAAAACAGGUUUGUAUGGUGCAACCCAAAGCAGAGAUGGAUCUCCAAUUUGAAUCAACGAAGCUGAGCACUCCUUUGGGUUAUGUUAGUGCAGUAGCUUUAUGUGUUACAACUUUUGGUACAAUUGCGUUGAUGAGUGGCUUCUUCCUUAAGCCUGAUGCUACAUUUGAUGACUACAUAGCUGAUGUUGUGCCUCUCUUUGGCGGCUUCCUUUCCAUUUUGGGAGUUUCUGAGAUAGCCACAAGGGUUACGACAGCUCGUUACGGUGUUAAGCUCAGCCCAUCUUUUCUUGUGCCCUCUAAUUGGACGGGAUGCUUGGGCGUGAUGAACAACUAUGAGUCUCUGUUGCCAAAUAAAAAGGCUCUUUUUGAUAUUCCAGUGGCACGGACAGCUAGUGCAUACCUGACAUCGCUAGUACUUGCAGUUGCUGCAUUCGUGGCUGAUGGCAGCUUUAAUGGGGGUGACAAUGCAUUGUACAUACGGCCACAGUUCUUUUAUAAUAACCCUUUGCUCUCUUUCAUCCAAUUUGUUAUUGGACCAUAUACGGAUGAUCUUGGAAAUGUAUUACCUUAUGCAGUUGAAGGUGUGGGAGUUCCUGUUGAUCCCCUUGCUUUUGCUGGACUCUUAGGCAUGGUGGUUACUUCUCUGAACUUGUUGCCAUGUGGAAGACUUGAAGGAGGCCGCAUAGCGCAAGCAAUGUUUGGAAGAAGCACUGCCAGUUUGUUAUCUUUUGGCACUUCUUUCCUGCUCGGCAUUGGCGGCCUGAGUGGAAGCGUCCUUUGUUUGGCAUGGGGGCUUUUUGCAACCUUCUUCAGAGGCGGAGAAGAAGUACCGGCGAAGGAUGAGAUCACCCCACUGGGAGACGACAGGUAUGCGUGGGGUUUCGUCCUCGCCCUCAUCUGUUUCCUUACCCUUUUCCCAAAUGGAGGAGGGACAUUCUCCAGCUCCUUUUUCAGUGAUCCAUUUUUCAGAAAUGAUUUGUAAAUAGGAUAGUUGUAUGUAUUGUUGUGUAUUAUACAUAACCUCUACAUGGUUCAGUUAGAGGCUGUACUUAACCAGUUGUAUUAUUAUGUAAUCAUAACCUCUCCAUGUUUAAGUAGAGACUACUUCACCAGUUUCAACUCUACCAAAAUAAUGUAAAAAUACAUAUAGAUGUUGUAAAUGGGAAGAAACGAGUCUCUGGUUCUCCAUUUCAGAAGACGACGUAAAUUGCAGUAGUUGCUCUUUCUCAAAUCGAAAAUCAAGGAGUUUAAUUCCUGUUUCUAGUUUAAAAUUUUGCUUCUGCUGGAAACCAAAACAGACCAUGAAUUUAUGUAAAUUAUGCUUGUUAUAAGAGGAGAACCUCACUCCGCAAAAGAUAUUGAUGCAAUCGGCAAACAUCAAGAUUUAAAUAGGGUAAGUUUUUCAUGCAAACUGGGAAAAUUACAAUUUUCAUACAAGGGAUGGGACAAAAUUUAUCAUUACAAAAUUUGGUCAAGGAAGCAAAACAUGUUGAGCAAGUUGUAAAUUUUGCCGGUUUGGUUAGUGUUUUUGCUUUGUAUUUUUUACUUUUGCUAGUGUACUGUAGCGAAGUAAAAGCACGAAAUAUGUUUAGUAAUAUUUGUUGUGCUUUUAAAUAGUAUUGAAACGCUUCCAAAAUUAAGGCCAAAAUUAGAAGCAUCAAAAUAAUACUUUCGUUUGCUUCCGCACUGUAGCAAACCAUUCAAACAAAAAAAAAAAAAAAAAAAAAAAAAAUAAUAUUUUUAACUAAUCAUUCAAAAUAUCAAACUUGUAAUACUUUUUACCAAAAACACUUUCAUGUUUUUACUUCUAAAAAUUUGUAACAAAUUUACGUUACCAAAUAAGCUUCUAAAUAGUGUUGAACACACCCUAAAAGCAGAAAUAUUACUUCUGUUUGGGAUCAAAGCAAAAGCACAAAACAACUAUGAUUGCUAAACACAAGGGCGGAGUCAGAAUUUUAUUUCAGAGGGGUCACAAUGCACUUGUUAUAAAAAAAAAAAAAAAAAAAAUUAAUAAA